AUGCUCACCGUGGCCGUUGAAGGGUGCUGUCACGGGCAGCUAAACGCGAUUUAUAAAGCCCUACCAAAAGCAGUUGACCUUCUGAUAAUCUGUGGAGAUUUUCAGAGCGUGAGGAACCACGCAGACCUGGAAUGUCUUGCCGUUCCCCAGAAAUAUCGACAAAUGGGCGAUUUUCAAGACUACUACACUGGUCGUCGACACGCACCUGUGAUGACCAUUUUUGUAGGGGGUAACCACGAGGCUUCAAACUAUCUCUCGGAACUGCGCUAUGGCGGCUUUGUGGCCCCGAACAUAUAUUAUCUUGGGCGAUAUGGAGUCGUAUGGUACAAGGGCCUGAGAAUAGCAGGAAUAUCAGGGAUUUACAACGAGACAAAUUUUCUUAAACCGCGCAAAGAAUCCCUUCCUUACGACAGAUCUACCAUUAGAUCUGUGUAUCAUUAUAGAAAGACCGAGGUGACGGCGCUGCAGCUCUUGAGACCUUCAAACGAAACCAUCAUGGUGUCACACGACUGGCCUGAAGGAAUAUACGAGUACGGCAGAAAAGACCAGCUUUUGCGGUGCAAACCGUUUUUCAAAAGUGACAUGGAAAAACAUCAGCUGGGAUCGCCUCCUUUGAUGGGCCUCCUCCGCCAUUUGCGACCUAGCCACUGGUUUAGCGCACACAUGCACGUUAAAUUUGAGGCCACUACUGAUGACCUUCCAACAAGGUUUCUUGCGCUGGACAAAUGCCUACCGCGGCGCAAGUUCAUGGAGGUCUUCCGUUUGGCUCAGCAGGAUGUGCCGCCCAAACUUGAAGGAUUGGAUUUCUUCUACGACCCUGAAUACAUUAGCAUACUAAGAACCGUUGAACGCUACCGGAAAGACAUAGAGUCGGCUGGAUUGGAUCUCCCGGAGGAUUUAAUCAUCACACUGCAUAGGGAGUGUGAUCGCCAACGCAAACUGCUAGAGGAUCUUGAAAGUCACAAAUACCGUGAACUGCUGCAGAUUAAUAGCCAGUUUUCAGAGACCGCAGAUGCCUCUGCAAAAGAGGUGCAAGAAUAUACCAAUCCCCAGACUGUGCAAUUUAUUGAAAAAUUCCUUGCACAGCCAUAG